AUUUAACUAAAGUUCCAUCAUUUUUAAAUAAUGAGAGAAAUGAGGUCCAGAGUAGACUAAAUGAAGUGUCCCAAAUACAAAAAGUAAAACAAAAUUGAAUGGCCAAUAACAUAAAAACUAAGAGGAGGAGGAAUAGAUCAAUGUGAGAAAGUUUGUUAAACUCAACUUAUACUUAUUAACAGUAUGUGCUUCAGACAGGUGAAUAAGUGGAUUAUAUAGGACAACAGGAUAUUACAAAGAUAAUUACUGUUGCAAAUUUGCAUUGCACAAAGGAUGUGGUUACAAGUCAAGAUAACAUAGACAGCAGUCAUACCUGCAAACGAAGCAAACUGCUGUAUAAAAGGGUCGACUUGACACCCCUCAAGGAGACAAGGUACUUGUCUUGCCAGCAUCAUGCAUGGUCUGCACAAAUUCCUGCUUUUUCAGGUUGUGGCAUGUCUUGGGCAAGGCGCUCGUGGGAGUGAAAUCAUAGAUGGGGAAAAGGCCCCAGAGAACUCCAUGCUCUACAUGGCCUCACUCCAGAGCAAGGGGGGUCAUGUAUGUGGAGGAUUCCUUAUCAGUGAAGACUUUGUGAUGACUGCGGCGCACUGUCAAGUGCCAGACAAUCUUACACGGGUCGUUCUUGGCACCCACAAUAUCAAGAAUGUUGAUGAAGGAAAAAUCAGAUAUAUCGAGAAAAUGUACAAACACGAAUCUUAUCAGAAUGUAGGGACUGGUAAAGACAUCAUGCUCCUUAAAUUGUCUCGAAAAGCUGAACUGAACAACAAACUCCAAACGAUUCCCCUUCCCAGAUCUGAAAUACAUUUGGGGGACAAUACAAAAUGCUACGUAGCUGGAUGGGGCUUCAUCAAAACAGGUGGAGGAGUUGUCAAUGAGCUGAGAGUGGUGGAUGUGUCUGUCAUUAACCCACGAGUCUGUCGAGAAAUGUUGCCUGUUCUUCCCGACAAUGUCAUCUGUGCAGGUGGAUAUAAAACAAAGAAAGGAUUCUGUCAGGGUGAUUCAGGUGGCCCUCUGGUGUGCGAUGGGACAGCUGUUGGUAUCGUGUCUUUCAACUGGGAGAAGAACUGCAACUACCCAGAUAAACCCAACGUCUAUACUGAUGUAUCAAAAUACCUUCCCUGGAUCAAGACCAUCCUCAAACGCACCAAACGUUCAGAUGGCAGCAAGUACAGUGAUCAAGACACCAUGGUGGUCAACUUCGUACUCGUGCUGUUCUUUGUCCUAACUGGAGCUGAUGGUACUCAUAUUGUUGGAGGUAGAGACGCUGCCCCCCACUCGCGCCCCUACAUGGCCUCGUUGCAAGUCCGGGGUGCACAUAACUGCGGGGCGGUACUGGUGAGAGAAGACUUUGUGCUGACAGCAGCACAUUGUAACAAACCUAGAACAGACAGAGUUGUGCUUGGAGCUGAUUCCCUGUCACGUAAUGAGACUACAAAGCAGAAGUUCACUGUUGCCAGAUCCAUUCCACAUCCCAACUAUAAUGGACAUGCAAAUGAUAUCAUGCUCCUAAAGCUCGACCGUAGGGCCAAACUGACUGAGGCAGUGCAGCUGAUCUCUCUGAAAAGGGGCAGUGUAAAGAAAUCCAGUCAGUGCAUUACAAGUGGCUGGGGGGAUAUAGGGGAUAAUAAAACUCUAGCCAACAGACUGCAGGAAGUCAACGUAACCAUCCUUUCAGGGCGGACAUGUCGUAGAAGAUGGGGAGAGGUUCCCAUCGCCAAAUCAAUGAUUUGUGGUGUUGGGGCAAAGGUCUUUCAAGGCUUCUGCUCGGGGGAUUCAGGUGGUCCUUUGGUGUGUGAUGGAGCUCUAGCGGGCGUCGUCUCCUUCUCUGGAGAGCGAUGUGGAAACCCCAAGACCCCUGAUGUCUACACACGCGUAUCAACCUUCAGGAAAUGGAUUAAGAAAGUGAUAGAAAACAAUUAGGCAAAUUAGUUGGAGUGUUAAUAUAUAUGCUGUCUUGUACUCUUCAAGAGAAGGCUAUUAAUAAUAUACAAAUGUGUGGUGUUACAUUGUUUAAAAUGACCAGUGGGGUGGGAAAAAUUCUUUUCAUCCUUAAGUUUCAAAAGUAUAUUGAACUGAAGGUAGAAAUAAACUAAAAAUGAAAAUGUCUGUAUUAUUCUUUAAAUUGUCCAUCUCUGUUCACCAAACAUUACAAAAAUUAGAAAUUGUGCUUCCUCUUGCUCACUAGUAAUAUACAACAUAAUCAGGAUUAAUUAGCAAGGUUUUCUUUUCUCCAAUCCUGUUUUCUCAAAGUUCCCCGAAUACCUUUAUAAUUUUACAGAACCUGAAAUUAAGGGAAA